GUUUGGAUGAGUUAACGCUGAUGUAAACAUAAUUGAGAGUAUUUUCAUUUACAGUACCAACCUGUUGAUCUGUUUUUGGAGAGAAGUUGCUUUAUUUUCGUCUGUCGUGACUCGCUGGAGCAGCAGGUGGCAGUAAUUCACCACACGGACGGACGCUACAGCUACCGGAAAUCGACAAGGCGGAGAAGAAGAUGGAAGAAAAACAACGCCGGAGGCGCGCGAUGCAGCUGUGAAUAACCUCAGCACUCGUUUUGGCCAGUUGAAGAAGGUCCUCAGUGUUAAAUGUUCAAAAUCUGAGGCGCCGAACCGCAAAUAGCCGAGGACUGCUGCUGACAGUUGCUGCAGUACCAGAACCAUGUCACGACAUAUGGGAGACGGCCAUCGGAGGUUCCUACAGACCAUGAUGGCCAGUGGCAUCAUUGAUGAACAAGGAGCAAAGGCCCUCCAUCAGUACUGCUGUGAUAUCCACAACACUCAGCACACCCCUGACAAACUGGAUGAUUUCAUCGAUACCAUCAACUCAAAGCUGCAGCCCAUGUUCAUGCAGAUUCGAAAAGGGAUGUCUGAAGACAGUGGCCACCAGUACUACGCCUUGGUAAACAUGGCUGAGACGGAUAUCACCAGGAUGUCGUCGGACUAUGCUGACAACGAGCUGGAGCUGUUUGGAAAGACAAUAGAUCUGAUUGUUGGCUCUGAGAAUGGGAAGGCCUCCUCCACUGACAUUCUGAACAGUGCUGACACCCUGACCACAAAAAAACUGAAGAAGAGCGAGACAGAGCACCUCCUGAACCGACUUGUGCAUGACAAAUGGCUGAAUGAGAAAAGGGGUGAAUACACUUUGUCCACCAGGUGUAUUAUAGAGAUGGAGCCGUACAUCCGCACAAUGUAUCACGACCAGGUCAAAGUGUGUCACAUCUGCCACAACAUUGCCUUCCAGUGCCAAAUUUGUGAGAAUCCUGUAUGUGGCAUAAAAAUCCACAACCCAUGUGUGGCCAGAUACUUUAAAGGAAGAACAGAGCCUAGAUGUCCAGCUUGUGAUGACUUUUGGCCACAUGAAAUCCCUGAAGUCAGACGACCCCAGUCUCACUCCAGAAGAUGAGGACUCCAGCAUCGUGUGUUUUCCGUUUGUUAAAAUUGUUUACACUGUAAUAAACCAGACCGUUAAUAUAUUUCUUCAUCAGUAUUUUUACAAAAAUAAAUGAGACCGUGUUCCACUGA